UCAAAAUUGUCAGUCAGGCUGGGUUUUUUAAUCUUAGAGGAAUGAGUUAAAUUUCUUAUUCAUUUCAAUUAUAGUAAACAUAUUCAAGCAAUAAGCAUGUCUAAGUUUAUGACAGCUGUUCUUCAACCUUUAAAAUGCGUGACCCAAACCAUACAGUCAUUCGGACACGUUUCUCCAACUACCAGCUUAGUAAAACCCGAAAAUCCCUUGUUAUCGCUUAUUAGAACAAAGGUAAGAUGUUAUUUUCCACGUCCAAAUGAAGUAAGAAGAGUUCGUCGACAUGGCUGGAAUGCUAGAAUGUCAACGCCGAAUGGUCGAAGAAUUAUUAUGAGAAGGUUCUUAAAAGGCCGACACGUAUUGUCACAUUGAUUUGUUUUAGUAAGGGUAGGUGUAAUCGUAGAAAUAAUAUAAAAUAAAUAAUA